AUGCAUUUUUCCAGUCGAAAGGGUCACGCACCGUUGGUGAUGAUGGAGCAACCGAUUGUCGGCACGCGCUCAGGGUAUGUAGUGAAUCUGGGGCUCGUGAUUGACGCGACAGGCAGCGACACGUGUCUGCACGAUGUCAAGUGGUUGUGGUUGUGCUGUGGGGGUGAUGGUGAGGGAAUGGGAGGUAUUGACUAG